GAAGCUCGCGAUUGGACCAUGGACGAUCAAAAAUGUCAACAUCAACAAGAAUAAUUAAAAAAUUUUAACAACAACAUCGAUAACUCAAAUCAAAUUUUCCCUAAAAAUGGAAAUUAAAGUGCUUUACUUUCGAAUUUUCUCAAAAUCAAUGUUUUUAUAAUGGAACCAAUUACCUAACUUUUAAUGCGAGCGUAAGUACAUCUCCUUUCACACGCUAAUCUUUCGGUAAAUGAGUAACAUUUGAAACGUUGGCAAAACACUAUCGAAAUUUUGAAGAUUCUAUUCAAGAACAAGAUAAGAGAGUAACAUGCCCAUGAGUGAUGUUAUCUUUAUUAUUUGAAAUACAUUUCUGGACUCUUAACGAUGAAAUAUACGUCAGCAAUAAUGAUUUCGGUGCAUUCAGAUAUCAUGACAAGAAAGAAACCACCAAAUCGUUGUCGUAUGAAAAGAAGAAAUCUUUCGCUCAGUCCAGAAACUACCAAUGGACAGUAUCCAAUAAAAGACCGUAUAAGUUAAAGCAACAUCUAAGGGAACUAGAAGAUCACGUAGAAUCGCAAAGGAUUGUUCGUAUUAAAUGGCUUCGCGAAGACACUGUGGUUUUAUUUUUCAAUUCGGGAGUCGUAGCUUACGUCAGUAUCGACGUAUGUAGCGGCGAUAUUGUGAAUUUGAGCUUCGAUAAAUUUUCCAAAGAUAAAUUACUCUCUGUACAUAUUUCCGAUAUUUUUAUGACCAAUGUGUUUUCUAUAUGCUGUUACAACGAUCCUCAAAUGACCUUAAUUUAUUACUCGAAACCUCAGUUCAAGAAGUUGUUCAAGAAAUUGAACGAAUUAGAGCCUAAGUUCACGUCAGUCAAUUUACCCGGACCGAAUGGCCGAAGAUUGCCGAGAAAAUUAUGUUCUAAUAAGACAGGAGAUGUGAUCGCUGUUUGGUGGAAGUACUCGGAAAAUGAUGUGUUUCCUUGGAGCCCUUUGGUUAAAGACGUUGAUCGAGCUAACGUUCACGUUUAUUCGGUUUCAGGUUGUAAAAUGGAAGUGUUAUGUUAUCAUCGUACAGAAUUUGAUCUGCUUUGCGUUGCUUUUAGUUCGGUAGAAUCUAAUAUUUUGUUUAUCGUUGAGCAAAGAAUAUCUCGAGAGGGUAACAUAAGCGUAGAAAGCAGCACCUACGAGAUAAUAAAAUGCUCCCGACUGCAGCGAGUCGGCAUCGUUUCAAUUUCUCUUCAAAGUAACGCAUGUUGCGUUGAAUUCAGUCCAGAUCGGAGUAAUUUACUUCUAGGCUGCGUUGACGGAUCAGUCGUACUGUAUAAUCAAACCAGAGCUUUAACUCAUAUCGUUCGAACAGCCUUCGUACCAUCGAUAGUGAGAUGGCACGCGGAUGGUUAUCUUGCGGCUGUAGCCAGCGAUCGAGGUCGACUGCAAUGUUUCGAUUUCGCAUUAAGCUGCGUUAAAAUGCAAUCAAUCAGCGAAGAUGUAACUCCUAGCAACGUGAUCGAUUUAUCCGUGUAUUUUACUCAAAUGGUUCAGUCUCAGAAUACUCCGAUGUUGGUCCAAAUGGAAUGGAAUGCCAAAGGGAAAGAUGGCGAUGCUUGUACCGAUGAUAGUUUUUUGUUGAUGACUUUCAGCGGUGGUCCACUGGUUAUGUUAAGGGUGCUAGGUGCUUCUACUGUUACACCUGUUGUUUUGAUGACUCAGUACUUGAACGCUAAUCAAGUCGAUAAAGCGAUUAAUUUACUGCUGGCAAUGGAUUGGGAUACGAAUCCAAGCACGUGUUUAUCAUUGCUGAAGAAAUUAUCGAAUUACAUUUUUGUCUCAUCUUUAUCUAAUCCGUCCGAAAAAUAUGCUCAAUUGCAAAUGGCGCUGGGGAGCUUUUAUUUUCCAGUUCGGCCUAUAAAUCAUUCGACCGAAGUAGAAUUUUACAAACCUGUGCGCAAUAUCUCGAGAAGACUGUUUCAUUAUUUACUUAGGUACGACAUGAGUGAUCUCGCAUUCAACAUUGCCGUUUAUUUAAACGAACACGAUUUAUUCAUGGAUCUGUACUAUUACGCGAAAUCAGUAGAUAGUGUUUCACUGGCAGCCUCAGCUUGGCAAAAAGCUGAGCAGAUUUUGGUCGAAGAAUCAGCUGCCAACGUUAGCUGUUCGAAUUCGGAAGACUGCUGUUCUUGUUCCGGAUCAUCAUCGGAAAGUGAUAAUUGUAGUUUUCUCGAAAUCAAUGACGAUCAGUCCAAUCAUCGGAUACCAGUACCUGGCUCAAAUGCGAUUGUCAAACCUCCUGUGAUUCGUACCUCGUUCGCUUCGGUUUCUCGAUUAACUAACUCGAAUCCUUUGAAUGUUCAGACUUCCACGACUGAUCACAAUCCUCUUAUGGCUCCUAAUACUAGUAGAAAUUCUCAUCAGUCAAUGGAGAACGUUCAAUCGAGUAAACAGAAGGUCAAGUUUUCUGAUGUGAUUACGAAGAUAACGUUACCCGAAGAUCAAGAUGAUCGUAACACGAAUUCGAAUUCAAAUGGCGUUACCCAAACGCAGAAUAUCUUGAAGAAUUUUUACAUUUCGCCUAAUUCCAAUUUACACAGAAAUAUACCGAGUGAAAUAGCUCAAGAAUUAUUAAAACAGUCGAAUUCGCCAGAUAAUAAAAUUUCCGAAAGUAAAACCAUUAAAGUUGUACAUUUAGGAGUUGUGUGAGUGAAUCCGUCCUAAUCUACAUAGAUUACCUAUUAAGCAUUUUGUAAAUAUUUUGCUACAAAUUGUAAAUUUUUACUGAUUUUUUUAUACGUUACAGUAUUAUUGACAAAUCGUUGAGCCACUACGAGUGCCAUUUUUAAUUGUUACAUUUUUUAUAAGUUUUGCAAUUUUGUACAGUGUGGUUUUUCUUUUUUACAAAUGUAUCACGUCUUUUUUACAUUGAAAUAAAUUUUUUUUAUUUA